CUCGGACGGAUGGCAAAAGAAUUGUUUCUUUCUUUUCUUUUCUUUUCAUUUUUUUCCCCCUCUCCCCUCUUAGCGGAAACCUAAUAAAAGUUAGUGCAGACAGGGCACUCCCCCGUGACGUAGGGGGGAACUCAGUCAGCCAAUAGGAAGUUCUCCCCAAAUCUUUCUGCCUGCAAGAAAUAUAAGGGCUCAGAACGUUCUGUAUCAAGUCAGAAACACGCUCGCGUCUGGGGACAAAGUGAUAGGGUUGGGUUUGUUUUGUGGCUCUUGAGCCCCCUCCAAAAGUCCAUUGGAGAAGGGUUUCUCCUACCAGCAGGCGCUGAGUGCUCGGGAGAUCGGUUUCUUGGGACAGUCCCCUGCCCUCUGCCAGGGUUAUUUCUCCCCAUAGUUCUGGUAGAAAAUGAUGCAGGAAGAAUCGAGCUCCCCAGUCUCCCCAGUGGACAGCUUGAGCAACAGCGAGGAAGAGCUUGACAGGCAGCAGGGUAAGAGGGGAUGCAGAAAGAGGAGACCCAGUAGGAAGAACCCAGAGGAUCCAGACAGCCCAACCUCCGUGAAGAGAAACAAGAAAGCCAGCAGCACAGGCAGCAGCCCCCAGUCCUUUGAGGAACUUCAGACCCAGAGAGUCAUGGCUAAUGUAAGGGAGAGGCAGAGGACCCAGUCCCUCAACGAAGCCUUCGCAGCUCUGAGAAAAAUCAUCCCCACCCUCCCAUCCGAUAAACUGAGUAAAAUCCAAACCCUCAAACUGGCAUCCAGAUACAUCGAUUUCCUGUGCCAGGUUUUACAGAGCGAUGAGCUGGACUCCAAAAUGGCAAGCUGCAGUUAUGUGGCCCACGAACGGUUAAGCUAUGCCUUCUCAGUGUGGAGAAUGGAGGGAGCGUGGUCCAUGUCUGCAUCCCACUAAAGCAAUGCCACUGUGGGAACCACUCUAAAGGCACACUCAGGUAAGGAAGCAGGGCAGAGCCCCCUCCAUGGCAACCAUGGCAGCAUUCUAUAUCCAUCGAUAACUUCCCUAAACUGGAUACAUUGAUAGAAUGAGGAUUUAUACGUAUGUUCGUGUAUACAUAGAUAUAUUGUUAUUUUAUUUGAAGUAUUUUAAGGAGUCACUCCUCCACCUCCCAAGCACACUCUUAGAUCAUAGACAAGGGGCCUAGAAAAGGGGUCACAAUGAAAACUCUGGACUCCACAAACUACAACUGUUUAGUUUUCAUGUGAACGAAAUACCAAGCAGCUUGUGAUUAUUUGUUUUAUCCCACUCUGCAUCAGAUCAGGUUUUGCUUUCUCUCUCUGUAGUUGUUUUUUACAUUGUGUUUGUUUUUAUUAUAUUUUUUUAGCAGAGACCCCUCAAUGCAUUCCCUGUCAUUUCUAAAAGCAGAUUCUGUAAUCGUUCUAUGGCUGUGCUGACUCUUUAUCCUCCUUCCUUCCCCAGUCUGUCUGUGUUCACUGGUCCUCCUAAUGUAAACCGUUAUUCCUAAUCCCAGGCAGGCAUUUAUAACGGUCCACAACAGACAGAUCAACUCUGAUUUCCCCUAUUUUCUGCUUGCUGUUAUUAACCCGUUGAAUGACAGGGAGCAGCAAACCCCUCCUCCCCCCUCCCCACUUUCCAAUUCUCCUUUUGUUGUUACUGAACUGGUUUUUAUUACAUAACAAACAUGGACUCCUAUAAGUAUAUGUGAAUUAAUAUGUAUUCCUGUUUGUUUUUCUCCCUAGAUGUUACUGUUUCCAGUAAAGGAGGAAAUGGAUUAUAUGUAGAGACUGAAGUUGGAUACCUAUAAAAAAAAAAAAGAUAUGAGCUAAAGUAAUGCACCCCUGGAUUUUCUUACAUUGGGAGAGAUGGGAAAGCCAGGGCGUGGAGAAGCACUUAUAUUGAGUUAAAGUAGAGGCCUGGUACACUGAGCAUUUUACACAGGAAGGCUACAGGCUCCACAAAUCUAUUCCAUUCUGAUCCAAGUCUGAACAAUCUCUAAUCUGUACUUUGACGAAGAAUGUUGGAGAUUCAUUUUUACCAUUUCAUUUUUUAUUUUUUUUUACUUGCAUGCAAUCCCACCAGUCGUGCCUUUGAAGCCACUUAAGAGGAACAUUUUAUUUUGAGGCUUCCAGGACCUAGUGCAGACCUACAAUUUUUUAUAGGAAAUGAAAAAAAACAAAACACAAACUAUUUUUAUUUGAAACUUGUUUUUUUUUAUUAUUUUAAAAACUGUUUAUAUACAAGCGGCUACAUCUCUCUAUUCUUCCUGAGAACAAAGUAAAACAUUUUAUUUAUUUAUUGACCCAUGUUUAAAAAAAAAAAAAAUGCAACUAGAUCCGGUGUCUAACUGCAUUCAUAUUUUUAUGGUUGUUUUGUAAAUAUCAAUGCAUAUUAUUUUUCUGCAAUAAAUAAAUGUUUGAAGAAACCUAUAGUUUUUUUUUUUUUUUUGGUUUGUAUUUUAAACCCCAUUGGUUUGUUAAUUGGAAAAUUUCAGUACCUUAUUGUUUAGCUGACACCCGGAGAGAGGGGGUUAAGAAAAACAAACCGGUUAGAAAGAAAACUCCUCAAAUAAACAAGCUACUGACAGACACAGAAGGUAAUGACAAGGAUUGCUAUAUCGUUCUGCUUAUCAGAGCGAGCUGGGGAGCUUCGCCUUCCUUCAUCAGGGCUCUAAAUAAUGUCAAAAGGUGGCCUGGUUUUAUCCACUGGCCAAAAAAGGCCAGAUCCCCUCUCUUAACAAGACACUUUUCCUUUCUGCUUAGUUAUGACCCAAGUGUAGAAUGUCACACAUCGUUGUAUCAUUCUGCAGAGCAAUUUGUGCUGUUCCUACAAAAACAAAUAACAGACACUGGGCACACAGCUCUUAUCGAG